AUGCCGAAAACUCCAUUCUUUACAAAACGAAAGUCAAAACAUCAAAAUGUUUUCCAUCCAUACAAACGCUCUUCAAGACGAAGUUCAAACAUGGACCAGCUACUGCCAGCCCCUAAAGCUGAUACAGGAAAAUGGCGGUACUGGCGGCGAGAUGUCAACAAACAACAACUAUCAAAACAAUCGAACUUCAACUCCAACAACAACCAAAGUUCGAUAUAUUCCCAAAACAUCGGUGUAAUAUAUGAAAACUUGGCAACAGAAACUCAGAGAGAGUUCGUUUAUCAUCGUGCUACUGCAGUCCGUAUGCAGCGGUCAUUCAGUGGAAAUCUGAGUCUCAAUCUCAAUGUAAUCGCGGAGGACGAUGUUGUAAGUACUCAAUCGCACUUGUCAUUCUUGUCUGGGACAACAGCUCAAAUUACAACCCAACAGGAAGCUACAAUCAUGGCCUACCCGCCUCGGAAGUCCGGUAGGCUUGUCAAUUCCAUCUCACUCCAGCAAUUGAAGUCUCCGCCUCUUCUCCGUUCAUCACCACCUUUACAUCGAAACAUGGUCAGCCCAACGCGCAUACCGUCCCCGACAGAUGCAAAAGGUCGCACUCGUACGUUGAGAUAUGUUACUGCCCCAGCGGUAAUGACUGGGGAUAGAAAGGAGGUAAGAAAUUCCUUUGGUGGUCUUUGA